AUGAACACAACAACAAGAGCAGUUACCAAUAACGAAAUUAUUAAAAUCUAUAGGUCACUUAUCAGAAAAGCAAGGGAUGAUUUAAAAUUUUCAAAUUAUGAAUACUUUAGAUUCAGACUAAAUAAUGCUUUUAAAGAGCCAGUUAGUAAUUCCUAUGAAAAGUUUAGAAAGUUCCAAGUAACAUCAAAAAUUAUUAUAAUAAUAAAACAUUUUAAUGAUCAUUUUACAAAAUACUAA